AUGGUUAAAGGUGGAGCUUGUGGUAAAUUACUUUCUACGGCAGAGGCCGUUAAAUGUGGACAAUGUCCAGUAUUAUAUCAUCGAGCUUGUGUAGGACCGAACGCUCUAAGGUUAAUGAACGCUGGCAAUGUACAGAGUGUAAAAGGACUAUACCAAAGGGUAACAACUCUUCUACUCCUGUUAGGAGCAUGGUCACAGAGAGUGAAAAUUUAA